UUUGGAUAUUGCAGAAAUAUUACUUACUUUAUAUAUAUAUAUCAUAAAAUCAAGAUGUCGGAUUCAAACAGCAAAGUGUUUAUUGACCACAACAAUUGCCGCGUGUUACCAGCAAAAGGUGGAUGCCAAUACAGAGCAACUCAAAUUUGGAAUGAAGUUGUUCGUUCCUUCCGUACACAUAUCUGCUGCAAAAAGCAUCGUCGACUGAUGAGAACUUACAAUGAUUGCUUCACUGCUACGGCAGCAAUUGACGUUCUUUUCGCAAUUUUGAAGGCAAACAAACAAUUUUUUGGGGAAGUCACAAGAAUUCAGGCUCUCAAACUUAUGCGAAAGUUUCUAAAGAAGCACAUCAUUGAGGAUGUUAACGGAAAAUGGGGGACUGAAGAUUUCUCGGAUGGCGGUCGAUUAUACAGAUUUCCAAGCGAUGACCGAACCAAAGAACAUUCCUUGCCGUCUUCAAAAAGAAGAUUUACUCUCACUACCAGUGAUAUAGCUCGAAUUAAUUUACAGAAAAAACACAUAAUGCCAGAAAGAAAAUCUAGUUCAAGACUGCCUGAACUAUCAAAUGAACAACCAGACCGAAAAAGAAGAAUGACAAUAUCUGCAACAGAGAAGCCAAAAUGUGCCGCAACUACAAAGUCUUCAAAUUCUUGCCAAGAUAAGAGAUUACCAAUCAUCAGAGAUGUUACAUCAAGAAUACCACAAUCUAUCCCCUCAGAACAAUCAGAACCAAGAAGAAGAAUGACAAUUUCUUCCGUAGAAUCUUCAAGGCUUCAAGCUCUUGCCAGAUCUUCAACUUCAAAUAUCCGCCUCCUAGCUUCAAAUACGGAUCGUAAGACAGCAAGGCGUCAUUAUCCCAUCCGAACACCACCGAAAGCAAAAAGGUACUCAGUUCAACAAGUAGCUGAAAUUAUACCUAAGAAAAAAAUUUGUACUGAUGGAAUUUAUAUUACCCUCGUUUGAAAAAAAAAACGAUGACAGAGAAAAUGCGAACAACGAUGUCCCGCAAUUGCACAUGUGACUUUGAAGGAGAUAUCAAGCGAGUGAAAAGAGUUUGAUGAUAUGGAAUCCGAAAAUAUAUAACAAUGCGAAAGCGGUCAUUAUUGAACGCCGGGUAAAUUUGAAUGCAAGAUUUCAAAGAAAAUGAUCCCUCAAUCAUAUUUUUGAAUAAACAACACUACUUUUAUAAAACAAACUCGAGUUGAAAUCAUAAUGGGAUGUAGAAAAAUUGGCCAAUUAUUGUUAUCAAUAUUAUCAACUAUUAUUAGUUUUUGCAAUUCCAAACGACAUAAUACUUUGUAUUACAUUACAACAACCUUUUCCAUGCAAUGAAGAACUUUUGGCGGCCAAAUAAAGCAUUGCCCAACAUUGCACAAGCCAUUCAAUACGAAGCCAUUUUAAUAUAUUGCGUGUUCUGUACUUUUUUUUUACAAUAUAUUUUAAUUGAUUCAUUUAAAUUUUUUCGAUAUUUUAUCUAAUAAACAAAAAUAUAUACACAAUAGCUAUACGAU